CUCGCCCAUAUGGUGGAAAUGCGCGUGCCUCUGUGCAUGGAAAUCCAUAUUACACAUUAAUAUACAUCUACCUUCCAAAUUCAGAGGUCGACCUGAGAGCAGCUCUGUGCAUACGAAACCAGACGGGGAGGGGUUGCUGGGGAGGCACGGGCUUCCAUUGGCUGCGGGCGCCUGCCGUGGUGCGGGGGUAUCUCUCAUCAUAUUCAGCAUGUUUUGCACAAGAAAUGUCAGCCAGAAAGGGCUAUCUGCUCCCUUCGCCAAAUUAUUCCACAACAAUGUCAUGCUCCGAGAGUCCGGCUGCAAACUCUUUUUUGGUAGACUCCCUGAUCAGCUCGGGCAGAGGGGAAGCGGCGGGAGCAGGAGGCGGAGGCGGAGGAGGAGGCGGCUACUAUCCCAACAGUGGUAUCUACCUGCCACAGGCGUCCGAUCUGUCCUACGGGCUGCAAAGCUGCGGACUUUUCCCCGUUCUGGGCAAACGCAAUGAAGGUACUUCUCAAAGCAUGGUCCCCAACUCGCACUCCUACGUGUCAGGGAUGGAAGUGUGGCUAGAUCCUCCCCGGUCCUGUCGCAUGGAAGAGCCGGAGAGCCAGCAGGCCACCUCGUGCUCCUUCGCUACAAGCAUUAAGGAGGAGAGCUCCUACUGCCUCUAUGACUCAGAGAAAUGCCCCAAGGGCUCGGCCGCCACAGACCUCGCUCCCUUCCCGCGGCUGAGUGCCGAGGUCAGCCCGGCCAGCAGCGGCGGCGGGGUCCCCGUCCCGGGCUACUUCCGCCUCUCCCAGGCUUAUGGCACUUCCAAGAACUACGGCGCGGGGCCAGCCGGGGCUGCCCCUUUCCCUCCGCAGCCCCCCGGCCGCUUCCAGACGCCUCCAUCUUUGCCUCCCGUCCCGGACCCGGGGAGGAAGGAGGAUGAGGAACGCUCCCCAAGCCCCUUGGCGUGCGUCUCCCAGAGGGAGGACGAGACUCAGGCUUCAUCUUCCACCGCAGAGGAGCUCUCUCCAGCUCCGUCAGAGAGCAGCAAAGCUUCUCCAGAGAAAGAGCCUGUAGGCAAUUCAAAAGGAGAAAAUGCAGCAAACUGGCUCACGGCAAAAAGUGGCAGAAAGAAACGAUGCCCCUAUACCAAGCAUCAAACUCUCGAGCUGGAAAAGGAGUUUCUAUUCAAUAUGUACCUGACUCGUGAGCGUCGCCUAGAGAUCAGCCGCACAGUCCACCUCACAGACAGACAAGUUAAAAUCUGGUUUCAGAACCGCAGAAUGAAACUGAAGAAAAUGAACAGAGAGAAUAGGAUUCGGGAGCUCACAGCCAACUUUAAUUUCUCUUGAUGAACCUAUAAACACAUCUUUAUGGUUUAAAGAGCCAGUAUCAUUUUCCUAGGCUGUAUUCAUCCGCACCUGUAUGGAUUAACGAUUUUAGGCGCUCUCAAUAUGUCCUUAACCUCUUAAGAGCUACUUUGGGGGGUGGGCGGACUAAAGUCACGCUAAAGCACAAAAUGCCGUGUGUGAACCUCCCCUCUUCCUUCAGCCUUUCCCGGGGCCAAUUUGUUCCUCUAAGCUUUGAAAUACAGAAAUACCAUUUCAGGAGCUGCAAAUAUAUUUCUCCCUAUCUGUCUUUCUGAAAAGUAAACAAUCCUAGUUAAAGGUGCAUUCUUUUAAAAUAUAAGUGCUGUAACUUGGACUGUACGUAGCUGCACAAUGAAGAAUUUAAGCGUUGCCAUAUUUCUAUAUACUGGGAGCUUUCCCCUUCUCUGUUUGCCUUGUCUCCCCCUCCCCCUUUUUUCCUUCGAAAAGCGGGACUUAAAAUAAUGAAAUGCAGGCAUCCUUUAAAAGGGUUUCACGGGAACGGGUGUUAGGAAUGAUUUUUCUUUUUA